AUGUCAAACUUAGUAGAUGAUUUGGGCCAGGAGAUGUUGUAUCUGCCUGGCACCGCAGCGCUGGUCCAGGAUAUCGACAAGCGCAUGAUGGUUGUGUUGCGCGACGGGCGCACUCUCAUCGGUUUCCUCAGAUCACUUGAUCAGUUUGCAAAUUUGCUCCUUACUCAGACAAUAGAACGCAUUCAUGUGCGGGACAAAUACGGAGACAUUGAUCGGGGGGUAUUUUUAAUACGUGGAGAGAAUGUCGUGCUGUGUGGAGAGGUUGAUUUUCAGAACUCUCAGUUUAAAAACUUGAUCCAGGUUUCUCAGGAGGAAAUUCUGACGAUACAGGCAGAAGAGCUAAAAGAAAAGGAAGAAAAACAAAAGAUUCUCAAGAAGGCGUUUCAAGAAAGAGGAGUGCCGUAUUAUUCUAUCGAUUCCAUGGCAGAUGACGCUUUCUGA